AUGGCCGCCCUUCAUUGGGUCUGCUGGUUCAUUCUGCGGGCGUGCGAUGUCUCUGUAGAUGAGUGUGAAGAAAAGAAAAAAAAAUACAAAAAGCGUAAAAAGAUGGAACAAAUGAAGGAAUCAGAUAAAGAAGAAGAGGAAGAACCCACUUCCCCUUCCCCUCUUCUAUCCCCCUCCUCACCCCUCCUCCCCUCCACUCCUUUCCUUCCC